CCAGCGGGGGGCGGCAUGGCGAGCGGCAGGGAGCCUCGAGCGCCUGCCCAGCAGCAGCCGCAGCAGCAGCGGGGGGCCCCGCCGUGGGGCGCCCGGGCCGGGGGGCGCUGGGGGUCCGGGGCUCUUGCGGCGCUGCUGGCCGCGCUGUGCUACUGGAACUCGCUGCGCGGGGAGUUCGUGCACGACGACGUGUGGGCCAUCCUCAACAACCCCGACGUGCGCCCGGGAGCCCCCUUGGCGGCCGCCUUCCGCAACGACUUCUGGGGCAAGGGCAUGGCCGACAACACCAGCCACAAGUCCUACCGGCCGCUCUGCAUCCUCACCUUCAAGCUGAAUAUCUUGCUGGCUGGCAUGAACCCCUUCUGUUUCCAUGCCGUGAAUGUAGUCCUGCACUGCCUAGUGACACUGCUGCUGAUGCACACUUGUGACAAAGCCGUUUUCAAGGACAGCCGGCUGGCUUUUGUCACGGCCCUGUUCUUUGCUGUCCAUCCCAUUCACACUGAGGCUGUAACGGGUAUAGUAGGCAGAGCAGAUGUCUUGGCCUGUCUUCUGUUUCUGUUGGCGUUUCUCUCCUAUAAUAGGAGCGUGGAUCAGCUUUACGUUGGGGAACAUUUCCCUCCGACUUCUUCAUUCUUCUCCUUGCUGCUUAGUUUAUUUCUUGGGACUUGUGCAAUGCUCGUAAAGGAAACGGGGAUCACAGUGUUUGGCGUCUGCUUGGUAUAUGACGGUUUCCUGCUUUCCCAAAACAGACUCAGCUUCAAAAAUGGAGUGGUGUGCCAAAGGUUGGCUCGGCAGUCCGUGGUUUCCCUCCAUGCUGCUUCCUUGCAGCUUUCUUCAUCUAGCAAGGAGAACAGAAAGCACCGUGUGGCUCACAAGGGGACGUGGAACUCCUGCCACCCUGCAUCUCCAGAGGAACAGCGGCACAGCAGCCUUUCUGUCCUGCGCAAAGCUGCAGGGGCAGUAUUCAGGUACCUGACUGCAAGUAACAAACAGAAGUUCUUGUAUACCACCAGACCGUUUUUGAAGAGGGCUACCUUGGUACUUUCCUAUGUGAUCUUUCUUUUGUAUUUUCGUCUCUGGAUAAUGGGAGGUUCCAUGCCAGCGUUUUCAGAACAGGACAAUCCAGCUUCGUUCUCGCCAUAUCUCCUUACAAGGUUUUUGACUUAUUCCUACCUCCUGGCCUUCAAUGCUUGGCUUCUACUGGCUCCUGUCACUCUGUGCUAUGAUUGGCAGGUUGGGAGCAUCCCUUUAGUGGAGUCCAUCUGGGACGUGAGGAAUUUCGCCAGCCUUCUCAUGGCGGUGGUGAUGCUUCUGCUUGGGCUACACUGCGUGAUAAUCUUCAAGAAGCUGGAACACAGAGAAGUCCUGGUUGGCCUCUUGUUCCUGGUUUUCCCCUUCAUACCAGCUAGCAACCUUUUCUUCAGGGUGGGGUUUGUUGUGGCAGAGCGUGUCCUUUAUAUGCCAAGCAUGGGGUACUGCAUCCUUUUGGUUCACGGAUUAAACAAGCUUUGUAGAUGGCUGAAUAAAUGGAGAGCCACUGCGAUGACCAUGUCAGCUUUGCUUCUGUUGCUGUUCUCCUGGAAGACCAUCAAGCAGAAUGAAAUCUGGUUGUCACGGGAGUCUCUUUUCAGGUCUGGUGUGCAAACUCUGCCCCACAAUGCCAAGGUGCACUAUAACUAUGCCAAUUUUUUGAAAGACCAAGGUCGCAACAGCGAAGCCAUUUAUCACUACAAAACAGCACUCAAAUUGUACCCUCGUCAUGCAAGUGCUCUGAACAACCUGGGAACACUGACCAAAGACCUGGUGGAAGCAAAAGAGUAUUACAGGCGGGCCCUCCAGUUAAAUCCACAGCACAACCGAGCUCUCUUCAAUCUCGGAAAUCUGCUCAAGUCCCAAGGGAAGGAGGAGGAAGCGCUUGUCUUGCUGAGAGAUUCCAUUCAGUAUGGACCAGAGUUUGCAGAUGCUUAUUCUAGCCUCGCUUCACUACUGGCUGAACAGGAUCAAUUAAAAGAUGCAGAGGAAGUAUACCAGGCUGGAAUACAGAAUUGCCCAGAAAGCUCCGAUCUGCACAACAACUAUGGGGUUUUCUUAGUGGACACAGGAUCCCCAGAGGCUGCUGUUUCCCACUACCAGAAGGCCAUCCAGCUUAGCCCCAACCAUCACGUUGCCAUGGUGAACCUGGGGAGGCUCUACCGCUCCUUGGGACAAAACAAGGAUGCUGAGACUUGGUACAAACGGGCAUUGAAAGUGGCACGGAAUGUCGAAAUCUUGUCACCUCUUGGAGCUCUGUAUUACAACACAGGGCGCUACGAAGAUGCCCUGAAGGUUUACCGGGAAGCUGCAGCCCUGCAACCCUCUAACAGGGAGACCCGGCUAGCUUUAGCUCAGGUUUUGGCAAUGAUGGGACAGACGAAGGAUGCAGAAAGAAUGACCAACCAUAUCGUGACUGAGGAGGCCGAAUGUCUGGAGUGCUACCGCCUUUUAUCAGCCAUCUACAGCAAGCAGGAGAACUACAACAAGGCACUUGAAGCCAUAGAUAAAGCUCUACAGCUGAAACCAAAGGACCCCAAGGUCAUAUCUGAGCUCUUCUUCACAAAAGGAAACCAGCUAAGAGAACAAAAUCACCUGGACAAGGCUUUUGAGAGCUAUAAAGCAGCCGUGGACUUCAACCCCGAGCAAGCGCAAGCCUGGAUGAACAUGGGGGGGAUUGAACAUAUCAAGGGUAACUACAUCACAGCCCGGGGCUAUUAUGAGAAAGCGUUGCAGCUGGUUCCAAGUAGUAAGCUGCUGAAAGAGAAUUUAGCUAAACUGGACCGCUUAGAAAAACGGCUGCAGGAAGCUAAAGAGAGAGGAUAACCGGGGCAAGAUGAAUGUAUUCCUCCCGGAGAUGAGAGAAUGCCGUGGGAAGCCCCGUCUUUUCCCGCAAGACAGAAGCACUCGCCAAGAUGUGUGGUGGUGAUCCAGACCAUAAACGGGUCGGAAACCACCCUCGCGUCCCCAGUGCUAUGCGAGAACCGCUGUUUCUCUUUGAAUGUGCUGUAGAAUGGGUGACAACCUCAUGUUCAUCAUCCCCAUCUGUGUUUGGGUAUGCUUCAUUCUACUUCCAUUAAAUGCUCAGCAUGGGAGAUGUAUCGGUAACGAUCAGACUCACUGAAAAUGUCGAGAUUGUGGUGGGAAGUACAGCACCGUCCAGGGACAAGGUGUGUGGAGUCCAUUAUACAGGCUUGCUGAAAGGACUCCUUUGCUUGUGGCAUAGUGAAAACCAGCCCAUCUCUCCAGAAGAUAAUAGCAGCAGUCAGCUAAGGAAAGGUGGGAGGGAACUGUGUGGUGGCUACAGCGAGGGAGAAGAGCAGCCAUUUUGAAGGCCCUCUCUGGGAUUCCGAUUGUAAUUCCUUGGGCAUAAUCAGUUGUCACUGAAGGAUGAAUCUGGUGCAGCUGCAUUUUAGCUCAGUCCUUAAAGAGAGAUCUCAGAAGAGGCGUUUCUCAUAAGAAAGCAUUAUUUUUAUUGUGGCAGUUUACAUUCAAGAUCUCGCAAGAGAAGUUAGUUGGGCUUGCUUUUCUCCAUCUAAACCAGGGGUCUGCAACCUGCGGCUCUCCUGAUGUUCAUGGACUACAAAUGCCAUCAGCCCCUGCCAGCACGGCCAAUUUGGCCGUUGCAGACCCCUGAUCUAAACAGUUGGUUUCUGUAGACGGUUAAGUAAGCCAGGUAGGGCAGGGUGGGGGAGGCAGUUCUAAAAACAGCACAAAACAGCUCGCCGUGUAUUUGUGAUAUUAAAGGUUGCAGCUGCUCCGGGAAAACAAAGUUGGUGAAAACAUAACAGCUGGGAUCCAAAGAUGACCCUUUCCAUCCACCCACAAAUAUUCAAGCUCUUUCAUGUGCAAGCACACACUUCUUUUUCUAAGUGUAGAGCCUUGUCUUGCUUCAGAGUCUGAUCCUGAGGCCUGAGGGCAGUUUGACAGUUGGCCUGCUGAGGGGAAGAGAACCUCAAAAUGCCCGCUGUGCACACAGAAGCUCUCUGGCUGAGCUUUUGAACCUUGGCAGAGGUUUCAGAGAAGUUUUAACUGGCUGCAGAGGUUUCGGAUUGGCUUGUUUGUGAGACGUGGGGUGGGGAGAGGAGACAGAGAUUUUUAAAAAGCUAUUUUUUUUAAUGUGGACAAUUCCACAUCUCUCAUUUGAUUAAAAAAAUAUCAGAACAUAUAUGUGACCGAGAAGAGUUCACAGCAGACAGGGUUGGGCUUUUAUUUUUUUGUGUGUGAGUUAUUUAUUUAACAUAAUAAAACAUUACAUAUAUCA